GUACAAGAUGAUCUCGGAAUUCACUUGGCCAAACCAUGACCUCCCUUCAGACAAAGAUGCUGUGAAGAAGCUCAUAGAGUGUCAUGGAUUUCAGCACGAUGUUGCUUAUGGCAAGACCAAGAUUUUCAUCCGUACACCUCGAACUCUCUUCACCUUGGAGGAUCUGCAUGCCAAGAUGCUUGUGAGGAUUGUCCUCUUCCUACAGAAGGUUUGGAGGGGCACUUUGGCUCGCCUUCGCUAUAAGAGGACAAAAGCUGCCCUCACGAUACUCAAGUAUUACCGCCGCUACAAAGUGAAGGCCUACAUCCAUGAGGUUGCCCGACGCUUUCACAAUGUGAGGCUAAUGAAGGAUUAUGGCAAGCACGUGCAAUGGCCCACUCCUCCAAAAGUGCUGCGCCGGUUUGAAGAGGCACUCCAGACCAUUUACCACAGGUGGAGAGCAGGUGAACUCCUCCGGAGCGUCCCACCAGAAGUCCUACCUCAACUGAGGGCCAAGGUUGCUGCCAUGGAAGUGCUGAAGGGUCACAGAGCUGAUAUUGGCCUACAAAGAGCAUGGGAGGGGAAUUACAUCACCCUGAAACCAGAUAACCCUCAGACCACGGGCUCUUUCGUCCCUGUUGCCAAUGAGCUGAAACGGAAAGACAAGUACAUGAACGUUCUCUUCUCCUGUCACGUCCGCAAGGUAACCAGCAUGUGCAUGGUCUGCAGACACACGGGCUGGGUGGGGAAACUUCUUGUGGUCAAGGUGAAACCUUGGGAAGCCAAAGGCGAGGAGGUCAAUCGCUUUAAUAAGGUGGAGGACAGAGCAAUCUUCAUCACUGAUCGACACCUGUAUAAGAUGGACCCUAUGAAGCAGUACAAAGUGAUGAAGACCAUCCCCCUCUAUAAUUUGAUAGGAUUGAGUGUCUCUAAUGGAAAGGACCAGCUGGUGGUCUUCCACAUGAAAGACAACAAGGAUCUCAUUGUCUGUCUCUUCAGUAAAGAGCCCUCUAACGACAGCAGGAUUGGAGAGCUGGUGGGAGUCCUGGCACAUCACUUCAAGAG